GUCUUCUUCUUCCCAUGUUGUAAUAGCAGCACCAUUUGGUCGAUAGGUUUCACCCGAAGAACUUCGUCGUGUGAAUCAUCCACGCGGACUUACGGAGCACAACAGCGCAGCCCUCAAUUGCUGCGUGAUUCUAUUGCCCGAUGGCAGCUCUUGCGUCGACCAUGCUGACGACCACCUGGGCUUCGUCUGCUGCCGCUGCGAGGGUGGCCCAGCCCCAACCAGCCUCUUGUAGGGUGAUCCUCGCCAUUCCUUCUGCAUCGGUGGCUAUGAUGACCUCGCGCAAGAAGCGCAACCUAUUCUUCGUUCAAGCUGCGGAACCUGGGACUGCCUCACUGUCUGGUGUUGCGCCUGCAAUCACGCUUACCGAGAAAGCAUUGAGUCAUCUGAAGAAAUUAAGGGCCAGUCAAGACAAGGAAUUGUGUCUACGUGUGGGAGUUCGACAGGGUGGUUGCUCAGGGAUGUCGUACGUGAUGGACUUUGAAGAGACUUCUAACGUUCGAUCAGAUGAUUCAAUUAUCGAUUACGAGAGUUUUAAAAUGGUAUGCGAUCCCAAGAGCCUGUUGUUCCUGUAUGGGAUGCAGUUGGACUACAGCGACGCUCUAAUUGGAGGAGGCUUCGCUUUUAGUAAUCCGAAUGCAUCAUCAACCUGUGGUUGCGGAAAAUCAUUUGCGGCUUAGGUCAUUGUGUUCAUAGUAAAUAGAAUGCAGGUAUAUUUCCUUAUCGCCAUUAAGAGAUUUAUUUAUUGAAGUGCAGAUCUCAAAUAAUUAAACUCUGUGCACAAACAGGUGCACGUAAGGUGUAUCACAUGUAAUGUGGGAAGGUUUUUCUUUCCUUCCAAGUAGACCUGGGCGUUUUUUCUUGUCCUUUCCCCU